CCGAAUGGGUUUACCCAAAAGACAUUUUCUCCUGUCGCAUUCUUACACUGUGUCUAUCCAUCUCUCUCUUUGUUGGGAAGGGAAGCGCAACGUCGUUGGUAUCACACAAGCUGGAUGAUGAUGUUUCAAGCCUCGUUUUUCAUAUAAAAUUUCUAAGACUUUAUAACUAGAAUAGUAGUUGGAGGAGUGUACUUUAUGGUAGAACGAAGAGAAACAGUUUACAACUGUGUGCAGGUUGGGGAGAACCAAAAACACGAGGCAAGUAUCCAUGAAAGUAUUAGUGAAGGAGAAGAAAAGUUGCCUUCUUUUAAAAGUCUUGAUAGUUGGCUCCAUACUACUAACGCUGAAGGCAACUUCAACAAUCGUGAAGAAUCCGAAAGGGGUAAUACUCAAGCUGUAGGGGAAACUUGCCUCGACAAAAAUAUAUUGAUUGAAGAUCUAGGCAACAAAAAACAAACCAAAAGACUUUAUGAUGAUAGAAUGAUACCGAAUGCAGAACAAAUUUGUACUCCUAUGCCCAACGUGUCUAGCACAACUCAAAACAACGACCAUCAACAGAGGGAGACUAAACUACUAGAUCAUUCGUUGCAACAAGUAAAUAAUAAUAAUCAAGAGAAGGACAUGAUACAUUGGAGAGAAGAUGCGAAUUCGAAAGACAACAUGCCAAUGAAGAGACAAAGAAUGUCAACGGGAAACCAUUCAUAUAUGAAAACUAGUGAAGAUGUUGAUAUAGAGUCUCGUAAGCAAAGACAAAGGUCUUUAUCUAGCAGUAGUGGGAGCGAUGAGAAUAAUAGUCGGAAAGAAGCGGCUCCAAUUCCAUUUGAUAUUCAUGAAGCAGAGCAAUAUACGAAUAGCAAACCACAUCUUUCAGCUGCAGCCCUCCAAUGUGCUACUUUGGCUGCUUCAGAGUUGCAGUCAGAACUGAAAGCAACCGAAGAAUUACUGAAUUCAGCUGCUCGAAGACGCCGCUAUAUGUAUUACUGGCAUGAACAAAGUGCGCAUACUAGCUUGAAUGAUACUGCAAUUCAAGACUACUCUCAUACUGGAGCUACAGGACAAGCUCUUAAACAAGUGCCAAAAUGUGACAACUCGAGCGUUCCACCCAGUUUUCCUAACGAUAUGCAGAAUGACGCUACUUGCUUUAUGAACGUUGUUCCUUUGACAGAGGAUGUUUCUAUGAACAAUAGUCAAUCUAUUCGAAAUAUGAAACAAGUUUCAUCCAUACCAGAAACAAAUACAAUAGCAGUGAAGAGUAACGGGAAUUAUCCAGAAGCCACACAUUUUACUAUAAAUAUUAUACAAGAAGUUGUGAAGCGACUUGCUACGGUGGAGUCGGAGUUGCGUGAAAUGCGUUUGAAAAAUAUUGGUCUAUUGAGAGAGAAAGAAAAUCUUCUGAAAGAGAACGAGAAGUUACGAAAACAGUUGGAAGAAUGGAAAAUGCUUCGACUGUAUUCUUCAUAAUAGCGAUAGAUUACGAGUGGCUAUAAUUUUUGGGAUGUAUAGAAUAAAUGUUUCGUGUUGAUUCGGAAUCUCAGAUUACUGUCUUUCUCACAGAAAUUGCUAGAUAAUAUCUGUUCUCAUCUAGGUCUACACUUUAAGUAUUGUUUGUUC